AUGGGUCCGAUUACUGCAUUUCUCUUAUUCCUGGCCAGCUUUUUGGUCCUGUUCUACGUCUUCCUUACCUGGAAUUUCAACUAUUGGAGGAAGCGAGGCAUCCAGACAGCCACAACAUGGCCAUUUUUCGGCAGUUUUCCGAGCAUUUUCACCAGGAAACGGAACAUUGCCUAUGAUAUUGAUGAUAUCUACGAGAAGUACAAGGACACGGAAAACAUGGUGGGCGUGUUCACCACCCGAGUUCCCCAGUUGUUGGUUAUGUGUCCGGAAUAUAUACACAAGAUUUAUGCAACCGACUUUCGUAGCUUUCAUAACAACGAAUGGCGCAAUUUUGUGAAUAAAAAGACGGACAUGAUUCUGGGCAACAAUCCUUUCGUCUUGACUGGGGAUGAAUGGAAGGAGAGAAGGGCGGAGAUCAUGCCAGCAUUGUCACCUAACCGAGUAAAGGCCGUAUUUCCAGUUUCCCAAAGUGUGUGCAAAAAGUUUGUGGAGUACAUCAGGCGGCAGCAGGGAAUGGCCACCUCCCAGGGACUGGAUGCUAUGGAUCUGUCCCUCUGCUACACCACCGAAGUGGUUUCCGAUUGCGGACUGGGCGUUUCGGCCCAGAGCUUCACGGACACCCCGACCCCGCUGUUGAAAAUGAUCAAGCGGGUGUUCAACACCUCCUUCGAGUUCAUCUUCUACAGCGUUGUGACCAACUUGUGGCAAAAGGUUCGCCAGUUCUACAGUGUGCCCUUUUUCAACAAGGAAACGGAGCAGUUCUUUCUGGACAUCAUCAGGCGAUGCAUCACCUUGAGGCAGGAGAAGCCGGCGCAACAGCGGGAUGAUUUCCUCAACUAUAUGCUGCAAUUGCAGGAGAAGAAGGGUCUGCCCACGGAAAACAUACUUAUAAACACGAUGACAUUUAUUCUUGAUGGAUUCGAGACCACGGCCUUGGUUUUGGCUCACAUUAUGCUGAUGCUGGGUAGAAAUCCCCAAGAGCAACAAAAGCUAAGGGAGGAAAUUGGCAAAGAAGAGUUGACUUUUGAUCAAAUGUCCGAACUGCCCUAUCUAGAUGCCUGUAUCUAUGAAACAUUGCGUUUGUUUUCACCGCAAGUGGCGGCCCGUAAAUUGGUAACCGAGCCCUACGACUUUGAGAACAAGAAUGGAGUUACUCUGCGUUUGAAUCCCGGUGACGUGGUCACCAUACCCGUAAAAGCCAUCCAUCAUGAUCCUCAGUACUAUGAGGAUCCGAUGACAUUCAAGCCGGAGCGGUUCCUAGAGAUCAACGGGGGUAUGAAGAAUUAUCGGGACAGGGGUGUUUAUCUGGCAUUUGGCGAUGGACCGCGACACUGUCCAGGCAUGCGAUUUGCACUGACUCAACUGAAAGCAGCACUGGUGGAAAUCUUACGUAACUUUGAGAUCAAGGUUAAUCCCAAGACCCGUUCGGAUAACCAGAUAGAUGACACCUUCUUCAUGGCCACUUUGAAGGGUGGCAUUUAUUUGGACUUUAAGGAGCUUUAGAUUUACAUUUAAAUUUU